AUGACGGAUCAUUCCGGAACGUCAAAUUUCGAUAAUUAUAUCGCCGAAUUGCAUGAUCAUCUCGAUCGACUUCGCGAAAUUCCCGACAUUGACGAACAAUGUGCGACACUUGUAGCUGAUUUAGCUCAAGCUUAUUCUGAACAACCAUCACCCAUGCAAACAGCAAUGUGUUCAUCCGCCUUGUUCAGUGGACAAAAGAAUAUACUAACGUUUCUUCGACGCGCAUGUUCAAAACCUGAAUUGAAGAAAACGAAGAUUGAAAUUCUUCAAUUUCUGAAAUUUUUUGUCGAGACUGCGUCGAAUAAGAUUCUUUCACAUGCUGUUGAGCUGAAAUCAGUUCUGUUAACAAUUUUUAAUGUCGAUGGUGCGUCUGAUGUACGUGCGGCAAUUUUUCCUGUUCUAUCACAAUUGAUCGAAUUAAGUGCUGGAUUUCUUGACAUGGAAAACGAAAUCGACAAAAUGGCCACGACUUUCCUCGACCUGAUUGGAUUGCAAAGUUCAAAAACAACAGCAACAAUCAAGGGACUUUCAUUGGCUUUUUUGGGAUUAUUAUGUAAAUACUUUCCUGAACACAUGCGCAAAUAUUCUGAUCCACUGUUAUUGGGACAGUAUUUGAAAUACUUACAUGAACAGCUCGUCCGAGAUGCUGUCAAAUUCGAAAUGUUAAUUGCUGCUGGCGCUAUGGAAGGUCUUAUCUAUUAUCUAUACAACUUUGUGCCGUCAUCUACUCCAGUUCAACAACCUUCGUUGACUCGAACAAAGAGUAAGGACGAGGAUAAGCGAAUUAAAGAAGAGCAGAUUCGGUGUGAAUCUAAUUUAAAACGUGUCUAUAUUUACGCAUCACGAGCAAUUCAAACGCAAGAUCAAACCAAUCUCAAUCGAUAUGCAUUAGUUAAAGCUGGAUUGGAAUUAUUUGCUCAACAUUCGACAUUGUUUACUGUAUAUCUCUAUGAUGAUUAUCCUGAUAUACUUCGUUGUCUUCGUGCAUGGAAUGCUCAUGAUAAUUAUGAUGUGAAAAAAAUUGCACAACGAGCUUAUGAUACGUUUUUACUUGGAGUAGCGAAUGCUUUGAAAGAAACGAACGUGAACACGCCGGAACAACGUCGCCGUGCUGUACAAACAUUUCAAUAUUUCAUCAAAGAGUUUCGAGAUAAAAUUGAUUCACCUGAACUGGAGAUUCGAGAUUUAGCCAUGGGUAUUCGUGGUUACGGCAUUUUCGCAAAUGCGUGUAAAUUGUAUGGCACUGAUGAAGAUGUCAAAUUCAUGUUUGUUGGUCUCAUUCAACGAUGCGAACAAAUCGCCAUGCCGACAAUCACAUUGUCACAAGCAUCAGAUGUGUUCGAUGAACGUUUCUAUGCUUUACCCAAUCUACUUGAUGCACUUUCAGCGAUUAUUAUUGAAAUGACAAACAUUGGGGAAGAAUUCCUUGGACCUUUAGAACGUUUAACUGUAAUGACCAUCGAUUAUUAUCCACGUUAUCAACCAAAACCACAAGCAACCACAUGUUCAUCUGUAAUUAAAAUGAUUUUAGCUUUACAAACGAAACCGAUGUGUUACAAGCCAUUUCUAACACGAAUUGUAAGCCAAGCGAUCAUUCGUUGUUGUUCACAUCCACUGAAAUCUACUGUCGAACAACAAUUAGAAGAUGUUGAACCCGACCUACCUGACGACAAAGCGAAAUCUCUUAUUGCUAUUGGAAAAACAAUUACCUAUGAAAACUAUAUUCCGUUAUGGAAGACAGUUCUGAAUGUAACUUCAUUGAAAGAAUUCGAUACAAAUGCAUAUCCAAUAUUUGAUCGACAAAACAUGCUCGUUUCGUUAUACGAUGAAAUGAUUGAUUCAAUUUUACAUAUUAUCGACCGACUUGAUCUGAGUGUUGAAAAAGAAAAACCGGAAAGUGAAAAUGACGAUGGAACAACAACAACUGAUCCGGUUUUUGGAAUGAAACCUGUCAAACCUAAAGAUUUCGAAAUAUUCUACAAUCUCGUCGAUUUUUGCCAGGAUCUACUACCAGAACAAUCACCUGAUUUAUUUCAAAAAUGGAUAUUUCGAUUUCUGUAUGACAUCAUCACCGUUUCCACCAAGUAUCCGUUAGUUAGCGGUCUGUAUCGAUUUGCCACUUUAGUGAUGAAUAUAUGUUUAAAAUUAAAUUAUUUCAAAUCCGAUCGAGCUAUUCCGACAACUCGCGGUGGAAUCGAAAUGAUGGAAACAGAUAUGAUUGAAAAUGAACAGGUAACAUCAGUUAAUACACUGGCACGACGAUUUGCACACGAAGUCCUAUCGCGGCAAAAACAAUAUCGAGAUGAUCUUUUGAUUUCAUGCUUACAAUUCAUCAUUUCCUUGCCUUCGGAAUGUAUUGAUUAUGAUUUUGCUGAUUAUGUUCCAGCAAUCCAACUUGCAUUGAAUAUCGGUUUAACUUAUUUGCCAUUAGCUGAACAAACGAUCAAUAGUCUUGAACGAUGGUCACAGUCGACAUCGUUAAAUCUACCGAAUUUUUACAAUCAAAUAUUACCACAUCUCGAUGAUUUUCUACGUUUAUCUCAUGAUCAAGGUGACGAUGUGAAUGUUCGAGCAAUCAUCUCAUCUUUACAAGAAAAAACACGAUUGAACUCGAAAAGUAGAACGAUUCUACCAACAAGAAUGUUGAAAAAAACCAAACAGAUCAAACACCUAUUCGAAGACAGUGACAUUCGUCGAGUUCAAUUUCGCAUACUGAAAUAUCUUGGUUCAUUGGGCAAUCGAACCAGUCAUUAUCUGAUUGAUGACACUUCAAAUUAUUUAGUCAAAGAAGCUGUAGCAUGGGACAAUGAAAAUCAUUUGACUUUCAACGUUCCAUUCGAUGACAUUAAACCAACAAUUCAUCUUGAUAUUUUCCUUCCACGUAUUGUUGAUCUGGCGUUGCACAGUUCAGAUCGACAAGCCAAAAUCACAGCUUGUGAAUUACUUCAAUCCAUCAUGCUCUAUAUGAUCGGGAAAAAUGCGAAUAAUCGAAGCAACGCUGCUGCAUCGUACGAAAAGCUCUAUGCUCAUUUGUUUCCAGCUGUACUCGAGCUUUCAUGUGAUUCCGAUACUUUUACAAAAACAUUGUUUACUACGUUCAUGAUCCAAAUGAUUCAUUGGUUUACAAAAAAUCAAAACUACGAAAAUCCAGAGACAAUGUCUAUGCUCGACACUUUCAUGGAUGGAAUGAUUUCUGGACGAAACGCAUCCAUUCGAGAUUUCAGUGGUAUUUGUCUGAGAGAAUUUCUCAAAUGGACUGUUAAACAUGCUGGUGGCUAUGAUCAAUCAUCGUAUUUGAAAAAUGCGACGUCAAUCUUGAAACGUAUUAUCAGUUUCUCUAUGCAUCCAAACAGUUUCAAAAGACUCGGAUCGACAUUAGCAUGGAAUUCUAUUUAUACGCUCUAUCGAGAAUCGGAAGUGCUAGUCGAUGUCUAUACACUUCAAUUGCUCUAUGUUUUUGUCGAAAGUUUGUCAAUUGCACAGAGUGAUAAUCCAUCGUUAGGUACUCAACAACAAGCCAUUGCAGCUUUAUCUCAUAUGCAACGAAUCAUCAAAGAAAAAUCCUCAAUAUUCGUUAAAGAAACACCAAAGCGCCAUCGUCCACCAUCGUGGUCAGAAGCCACGCUCGAUGUUGCUGUUCGUUGGUUACUUCGACAAUGUGGAAGAAUCGAAACUGAAUGUCGACGAAAAUGUAUCGAACUAGUUUGCACAUUCAUUCCACUACUACCAGGUAUUCGAUCAAUACGAGAAUAUUUUGAAUUAAAAGUUCAAUCAGAUGGCAACAUCUAUUUCAUUGAACGGUUCGAAGGAACAUUGAACAAAGAAAAGAAAACCAAAUUUAAAGCAAAUCUAGCAAAUCAACCAUAUCUAAUCGAUAUGGGUGAACAAUUCUCAAUUUCUAUGGUUCAUCAAUGGCUUGAUACCAUAAUUGCUUCACUAGAUUGUUAUACUUGGAUAUUUUCUCAAGGUUUUCUCAAUCCGCUCCUCUUUCAAGAUAAUAAUCAACAGAGCCGUUUCAUUGUUGCUUUGUCCUAUUUUGUUAGUAAGAUUUCCAUGAGUACACUAUCGGAUCUUGUUGCGUACUUUCCGUCUUCAAAUCAACCACAAGUAUUCACGCCAACGGAUAUCAAUCAGUUUGAAACUGCGAAGUGCACAGUUAUUGUUCGUUUACUCAAUUUCAUUACGGCACUGUGGUCAAAAUAUCCUCAGGAUACCAUACGAGCCAUCGAUACUUCAUUCUACAGUCAGGAUUUAGUCAAAUUAAUCUUAACUUGUGUGUUAAAUCCAACACAACUUGGCUUCGACAUCAACAAUGAAGAAAUCAAUAAGAAAUUACCAGAACGAAUUACGAAUCUACUGAAAUCUAUGACAAACCAUUUACCUGAUCAUCUAUUACAACCUUUCUAUGAUAUUGCAUUGGAGAUGACGAAAACCGAUGGACCGUAUAACUUAAUGAGUGAAUUACAACAAAAUAUCAUUCGGUGGCCAAUGAUUUUUACACUAUCUCGUGGUUAUCGCCUCCUUCAUGACGUUCGCCUAUUAGCAAAACCAAAGCAAUCAGAAUCUUAUGCGAUGGAACUUUGGACUAUCAUGUUAACGAAGAUGAUCAGUCAUGAAGAUGACUUCGACAAAGCAAAUCUUGUUUUGACUGUUGAUAUCCAACGUGCUCUACAGUCUCUUUUCGAUUACAUAAUCUAUCUCGGCAUCAAACCAAGUGAAGUUUUAUCCUAUUUCUUUCAAUCCAAUCGUAUUCAUACCGAUUCAGGAAUGACAACAAUCGGCACUUAUCUUCUAACGUUGUUCAAACAUCAAAUAACCAGUUGGCUUGGUACAACGCCACAUUUCAUCACAGAUAAUGUCGGUGAAAUCAAUUCGAUUGAACAAUGCCGUCCCACAGUCGCCUUCCUAAGUACAGUUCUUGAUUUAUGUAGCCGUGAGAAAGAUAUCCGUCAACAAUUCGGUCGACAAUUUGUCGAUGGAAUUUACACAUGUUGGCCGCAAUUCUCUUCGCUUUGCUCUUCGACGAAUCUCGACGAUAAACUAUUAAUUGUCACAUUACUGACGAAAACUUUUAUCAUCGAUAGCCAUCGAUUGAUUACUCAUGAACAAUUUGAUUAUAUUUCGCAAAUGUACUUAGCACUCUUAAUUGACAAACAAUUGAAUUUAACAUUUAAGACACGUUUACUCGACCUAUUAGCAUUUUUUGCUGCUAUUGACACAGAUGAAAAUCUAUGUGAAGAAAAACGAAAGCAAUGGUCUAUUGACCUCUGCCGAACAUUGCACACAUUUACAGCUGAUUGUUUUCCGUUGAAAAGCACGGAAUUUCCUCCGGGUACACAAGAAUAUCAUGAUUAUCAAGCGGCCAUUCGAAAGAUACUUUCCGCAUUGGAAUUAUCAUCGUCAUUUAUCUUGUUCGAACUGUUGAUCUGGAUGUUAUGCUGCGAACAGCGCCAUGUUUUCGAAGAAGAAAUUCUUCUGUCGAUCAGCCGAUAUGUGAUUAAACUUAAUGACCAUCAAAAGCAAAGUAAUCUACUUGAUUAUAUCUAUUCGAUCAUUUUCGGCAAGAAUUCCCUGUUUCGCACGGAACAUCGUUUAAAUGCAUUAGAGAAAUUAAUUCUCAAAAUUCUCACAUCAGUCAGAAAAAUCACAUUAAUCGAGUUCUACAAGAAAUACAUCUGCACAUUAGUUAUCGACGAACUGGAUGUGAAACUUGAUCUAACAUCCGCCGCGUUAAUGUCAAUACUGAUCAAUAAAGUUUGUACAUAUCGUUUAAUCGACCAUAUGUAUACAAUUCUGAACAAGGAUGACGUUUUCGGUAUGAGUUCUUCGAUCGCACGAGCUUUUUACGAUCAUGUGAAGAAACAAGAAGAAGCACGAAAAUUUUUAAAUGUCGAAACUCCAUUGGCCGCAAUUAAAAUCGGUGAACACUUUGAUGGAAAAGAAUUGACGAAACAUGUGAUUACAAAGGCCCGAGGACAAUUUGUAGAUGGAAAACCAAUAAAAUCAUUAGAUAUGAUGUUAGCUGGAAUCCAUACAGUUGAAAAACAAAUUAAAAUUCAUUUGAUUCGGGCAUUGGCUACAAGUUCGUUCAAUUGUCUGAUAUCGUUACUUAUUUGCACUCAAACCGAGGCCAAACUUUACAAAGCGUUCAUCUUCGAUGCGAAUCCAGCCAAGGAUGAACAAGUUUUCGAAAAUUUGAUCGAUCCAGAUCACAAAUAUACAUUUCCACUCGAAUUAGAACGAUAUUACAAGAAAGAUAAGCGUACAUUAUUAAAUAUUUUGUGCAAAAAAAUCUUGACAGCAUCGAAGUCGAAUGAUCCCAGUCAACAACAACGUCUUGCUAGUACACCGCGGUAUCUGUCGUCGCAAUAUUUAUUCGGUAGUAGUCUGACUGAUGAAUUAGCUGUAUUUGAUUUUACGUCAGCUGCUGUCAAUCAACAACACAAUGACUUGAAUAAGAGUCUUUCCACUUCGUUAACAGAACAGUCGACAACAAAUCUAUCGUUUCAACAGAAAGAUUAUGACGGACCCGCGCUAAUCGAAGGCUCAGACGAUGAAAUCGGUUCGGAAUUUAUUGAUAUGGAGAUGGACGAACUCAACCUUCAUCCCUCUAUGGUGCCCAUGGUUUGCUUAUUAAAACAUAUGGAAACCAGUGGAAUCAUCCCGCGUUAUGAUAAUCUAUCACAGUCAGCCGAUAUGCCAGCAUGGAUGAUAUGUUUGUACAAGAAAUUCAGUGAUCCGUUAUUAGCAUUUAACAUCAAAUUAUUUCUUAUGCGUUUAAUCAUUCAUACCCAUACGAUAUUUAAACCUUACGCACGCUAUUGGUUAACACCAAUUAUUCACAUGUGUAAUCAAAUGUUUGAAAAUUCUUCGGAAGGGUUGAAUACAUUUAUUAUCGAUACAAUUGUAAUUCUUCUAUCUUGGCAUACACAAGCUAUACCAAGUGAACUGGAUUCGACAGCUGUUCAACGCCUUGUUGAGUAUCUUUUUGCCAAUUGUUCACAUCGAAACCCUGUUGUCAUGAAAUCAAAUUUAGACUUAAUUAAGAAGUUAGUCGAAUGUUGGAAAGAACGUAUUCAUGCUCCAACGUUGAUCUUAUAUAAAUUGAUUGCUGAAACAGAUUUGAAAUCGAAACAAAAUGCAAUUGGCCUUUCGCUAAUCGGAAUCUUACUAGCUAAUGAAAUUUUACCAUACUACAUUCCACCAACACCGACAGGCAACGCCAUACCAGUGACAACCGGCUCAAUUUUGUCGAGUUUACCAAAUGAUCUAACCGAAGAUAAAUUUCAUGACACAAUUUUAAAGAAUAUGAAGAAUACUUAUCGGACUAUUUAUGCUGCAGCGGCCGAAGUCAUCGGUAUGCUACUCAACGUGCGAAAAAUCAAACAAGAAUCAAGUGAACGACUAUUAGAACAAGUUAAUUCCAUAUUGAAGUGGUACAACAGUCAAGGCUUGCAAGAUAUAUAUGUGACAUGCAUUUAUUCGAUUCAAAAGCAUUAUCCACAAAUUGUUGAGAAAUCUGUGAUGAAUAAAUUAAUAUUUGGUUUGAAGAAAAUGUAUGGAGAUUUAAAGAUCGAAUGUUUGGAAGCGUUAAUUGCCAAUAUCACUGAAUUCGAAUCAGCGUAUUUAGAAUUACGCGCCGCAGGAAUAUUGGAUAUCCUCAUUCACAAAGACUUUGGCAUUCGUGCCGUUGCCUUACGUUUACUGCAUAAAUUAUUACCAAAUUUAACUCAUGAACAACUAUAUGAGAUUGCUCAGGUUCUAUCUGUUGACGGUCCGAAUGAAUGUCAAACCUGGACACUUGAAAUUUACAAAUGGAUGUAUGAUUAUAUAACGAACUAUCUAACAAAAGAAAUUCAAAAGACGAUUACACCGCUGUCCGAAUCAUUCUAUCAUCAUGUUCGGGAGCAAUUACUUCAAUUACUAUCAAGUAAAAACGAAUAUAUCCGUGUGAAUUGUCGAAAUUUCUGGUGUGAUCCGAAACGGUUGAGUACUCUAUCGCAUCAUCGUCUCCUGGCUCUGGUCGAUCAAAUGUAUUCGAUGAAGACUGAAAAUGAAUAUCUAAAUUAUUGUACAAAUUUUCUUCUUGAACGUACUACACAUAAUUCGGAUUACAAUCAUUUCAUAUUCGAGAAUCCGUUGGACAAAUGUUUAUUUCAAGAAUUUCCGUUAGCAUGCAACUGGCGUCAACGUCAUCAUACAUACAUGAUACCUUUAUUCACAUUACAGUCGCAAACAUCAAGUCUCGAUUCAUCGUCGCUAUCAACGACGAAUACGAAUCUAAUGACAAUGGAUCCGGUACAAUUCAUGCAAACAUUAAGUGAGAAUAGUAAUCAUCAGAGUAAUGGAGAACAGGUGUCACAAACGCCGAUGAUUCUACAAACUCAAGAAAUGUCCGGUCGUCAACAAUUUGUCCCAACUCAAAUGUUGGACAAUGGUACGAAUUACAAUUGGCUUAAACAAACUAGUACGCUUGAUUCAACAAAUACGUUCGCUUUACCAACAUUGUCAACACAACCGCGAAAGACGACUUCGUUAAUUGUGGAUGUUGAUAAAAAACCGAAGACAAAUAAUGCAAUAGUAACACAAACACAGCAAGCCGACGAAGAUGAUGAUGAUAUAUUUCGAUUGAAGCGAAGAUUUCUUAAAGAUUCCGGACAAUUGCAUGCUGCAUAUUUCGCUCGGAAACAAAACGAAAAGAAACAAAACGAGAAACAAUUUCUCAGUGAAAUCAAGCUUAAGCAAGAAAAUCAAGUUGAAAAGUAUCGCACCUAUCGCAUUGGUGAAUUACCCGAUAUUCAGAUCCGUUACAGUGAUAUCAUCAUACCUUUGCAAGCGCUUGCACAAUACGAUAAUCAUACAGCACGUUUACUUUAUGCGAGUUUGUUCACAUCCAUGCUCAACGCUUUAGAAGAUCGAUUAUCGUCAGAUGAAUAUUAUGAUUUGUUGCGGACGAUUCAAUAUCGCUUCGAUGUGAUGUUAUCUCAAUCGGAAAUCUUCUAUCCAUCGUUCGUUGCUGCACUACUUGAUAUUGUUCUCUCCAAGCCUCAACAGAUUCAGAUCUCUGCGCAAUACAUCAGCGCCUCAGCAAUCGCAAGUCAUUUAGAAUCAGUUGGCAUAUUAACAAUCGAAUAUUUCAUACGAUUCAGUCAACAGAUCGAGUCUAAUCAGUUGCUUCAUGGACCAUUGAAGAAAAAAUUGAAAUCAGAUCCUGAUCUUAGUAAGCAGUUAUACAAGAAAAUUGAUCAAUGGCUUGAAUUAGCGAAAUGUUAUCGUUCAUCGGCAAAUUACGACGAUGUUCGAGGAAUCUUUUCUCAAACACCCGGCUUGAAAUCCAUUACCCUACGCGCAAUUGAAGAAGAAAGUCAUGCUGACUUCCUCUUAGCUUUAAACAGUUAUGUUACAGCUUUAGAACAAUAUCCUCUCGUCGAUGAUUCAACUCAAGAUACCGUUCUUGAAUUAGAACACGAAUUUUGGACACAGUCAAUGCUAAACUGUUGUAAUCAACUGAACAAUUGGACAAUUAUGUCCAAACAUAUCUUUAUCGAUGAUACAACAUUCGACACAUUAUGGUCGAAUGCACACCAACUGAACUAUCUGAUGCCGUAUGCAAUACGUUCGAAGUUGAAAUUAUUAAUAUCCGGAACUGAACAAGAGCAAUUAGAACAACAAGAUCUAUGCGAAUUCUUUAAUAAUCUAUCAUCGACAUCGAAUAAUACAGCAGCAACUAGUAAUGCCGAAACGACAUUCGUUAAACGAUCCUAUAUUGAAAAACAAUAUCCAUUUGAAUUGGCAACAUUCUUUCUCUACCAAAAAGAUUUCGAUCGUGCAAAAUAUUAUAUUCAAUAUGCGAGAGAACAAUUCUUGCUUCGUUGGUCUACAUUGAGUCGUUUAAGCGAAUAUGGUCGAAAAACGACCAUACAAUUGAUUCAACCGUACUAUGAACUCGAUCAAUUUCUUGGUUUUGUUGAAUAUAAUUUACCUUUACUAAAAUCUCUGGAGAAUCGCUAUUUGACAAAUAAUAAAACGGAUACAACAACACGAGACCUAUUUCUGGAACGUUUACACAAAGAUUUGCUGUCGCAAUGGCAAUUACCAGAUGUUAUACGUGAUUCGAUACAAACAUGGGAUGAUAUUGUUACCAAUCGAUCAUUAUUUCUGGACAUUCUCGACGAUUUAAUCGGUGGACCACGCAUGACAUUUACCAGUCGAUUGAAAGCAAAAGAAUUCGAUCCAUUAUUAAUAGAUUACAAAGUUCAAUCUUCACUUGACAUGGCUUAUUGUGCAUUGCGUCAGCGUAAUUUCAAAUUAGCGCUAACAAAACUGAACGAAACACGUCCACGUCUCGAUUUAUGUCGAAAUCCACUGGUAAAAUCUAUCUAUUGGAAUGAAAUCUACUGCGAUGUACAUUUGAAACGCUACCAAGUGCAGUCGUCAACAGCAACAUUAGCAAGUCUUCUGUCUACAAGUGUGGCGAAAGAGUUGAAAAAAAUGGAAACUAAAAUUCAAUCAUUGAACAUCACUGAUCAACAAACCGCUCAGCUAAAUUCGACGUAUAUUCAAUUGAAUUCACAAUUUUCGCGCAUAGUUAUCGACUUUCUACUCGUACAACCACAAGCGUACGCUCUGUAUGAAAAAGACGAGAAGAUUCCCGUCGCGAAACAUAAACAAUUAGAAAUGUAUUUGUACGGUUUGGACAGCCAUAUCCAAGAAAUUCACCAAGCUGAUCAAUUGAUCUCGGAAUUGUUUCACAAAUGCAUAUCGAUCUUAAAAGAAAAUAUCAGCAAACAGGAAAGUGUUCAUCUGGAAAAGGAAACUAUUCUCAGUCGAGAUUACAAUGAAUUGGCGAGUAUUUGUGAUGAUUAUCUACGUCGAUAUGAAAAUCUUGAAGAUGAAAACCAUCUUCUGGAGAAAUUAUUUGAAAAUAACCAAAGUAAUCAAAUUGCUGAACUGGUUGUUCAAUCGGUGAUCUCAUCAAUGAAAUAUGGAUCAAAUGAAGGCGUGAAACGAUUCUCACGUCUAUUGCAAAUUGUUGAUUUAUAUCCAAAUACAAUGGAUUUAAUCGCUAAUCGAAUACACGAGAUUCCUUGUUGGAUGUUUUUCGAUUGUUUGUAUCAACUUACAGCGUAUCUUGACAAGCCUAUUGCGAUUAAAUUGUAUCCAUUAAUUGAACAAAUUGUGAAACUUUAUCCUCAGUCGAUUGUUUAUCCAUUUCAACUGAGUUAUGAAAAUUUACAGCAAACGGUUAAAGAGCCGAUUCUCAAACACAAUCUCGAGUCGAUCCAUCAAAAAUUGAACCGGUCAAUUCCAAUGGUUAAUGAAUUUAUUGAAGCAUUGAAUGAAUUAAAUCCACAGCAGCAGUACGAUACAUGGUCGAAAGAAUUGUUUCAUUUAUUAUCAGUGGAAUCAUCAUCGCGCGAUCUUGACCGACUGAAAUCUCAUGUGAUCAGGUUCAAAGAAACACUCUUCGUUGAUGUAAUGGAAACCGAUGAAGCUGAUCAAUCUACGGACAAACUUCAGACAACAUCUGUACGGACGUUAUUCAAGAAUGCCGUUGAAAAAGAAAUCGACGACUUGUUCGGCAAGCAAGGUGAACUCUUACCCAACAUAUCUUUGGGUGAUACACGGUUAGCAUUGGGAAAUAUUUCAUUAAAAUUAAAAACCAUCCUACAAGACAAAUCAAAUCUAAAUGAUUAUUCAACAUGGUUUUCGUCGAGAUUUCGACAGCAAAACCGCAUGCUGGACAAAUCAUCAAUACGAGAAUUGGAAAUACCCGGACAAUAUACGAGUAAAAAGAAACCAUUGUUAGAGCAUCAUAUUAAAAUCGUUGGUUUCGAUGAGAAAAUUUUGGUGUUACAUUCGUUAAGAUUACCAAAACGCCUAACAAUUCGUGGAGAUGAUGAGAAUGAUUAUCGAUUUUUAGUCAAAGGUGGAGAGGACAUUCGGCAAGAUCAACGAAUUGAAGCCUUAUUCUCCAUUAUGAAUGAUCUCUAUGCCAAUGAUCCGAACUGCAAUCAAUCGAAUUCAGCUCAUAUCGCUGUGCGAACUUACAAAGUUAUCCCGAUGUCAUCGAAGUUAGGCAUAAUCGAGUGGUUAGAUAACACUCGUCCAUUGAAAGACCUAAUCGAACAAUCGUACACGGACGCUGAGCUUGACAUUAUAGCAAACCAAGGUCAACAUCCAAGAAAGCUCUAUCAAGAUUAUGUGACCAAUGCCUAUCAGAAAGCGAAGCCAACUGCUAAAACUGCAAAUAAUACCUUGAUGUAUGCAGAAUUGUUUCUUAGUUUAACGAAAGAUCAAGUUCGAGAAGAGUUUAAUCAUAUACAAUCGGUUGUGCCUGCAGAUUUACUUCGACGAGCUUACUAUAAGAUUGCUAAUUCUCAUGAAGGCUUCUAUACUUUACGGCGGCAGUUUAUUACUAGCUAUGCAGUUCUCUGUACAAGUCAAUAUAUACUUGGAAUCGGUGAUCGACAUCAAUCGAACUUUUUGAUUGAUACAUCAUCGGGACAAGUGAUUGGUAUCGAUUUUGGAUCAGCAUUCAAUGCAGCAACGAUUCAUUUACCAGUUCCUGAAUUGAUUCCUAUUCGAUUAACGCGUCAGUUAACUCAAUUGAUGUCACCUAUUGGUACUACCGGUUUAUUUCGUGCAACUAUGAUCCAUACAAUGAAUGCAUUACGUGAUAAUUCCGAUUUGUUACUUAGCACAAUGGAUGUAUUCAUCAAAGAACCAUUAAUGGAAUGGAUGGAACAUGCAUUGAAAACAAGUAAACAAGUGACACAGAAUGAAUCAAAUGUGCACCGUUCAGAUGAUACUUAUGCUAAAGAUCGAAUUAAAAGUGCACGAUUAAAAUUGAACGGUGUCAAUCCUGCAGUGAUUACUGGGUCGGAUUUGAAAUUGAAUAGUUUUCUUCGUUCGUCAAGCUUGAAAGAAGCACGCCGGCAAAUGGAGAAGAUCGUUGGUGGCGAUCAGACCGAAAACAAACGCGCACAGAUUCUAGUCAAAUAUGCACCCAAUCGCUAUCACAGAUUGGCGGUUGAUGAGCAAGUUGAUUGUAUUAUCGAUCAAGCAACAGAUAUAGAUAUACUUGGCCGAUCAUGGGCGGGUUUAGAAACAUUUAUGUAA